AUGUCCAAAGUCGCAAUUAUUAUCUACACGCUGUACGGCCACACGGCCAAGCUUGCCGAAGCACAGAAAUUGGGCGUGGAGGCUGCAGGCGGCCAAGCCGACAUCUACCAGGUCCCAGAAACGCUAAGUGACGAUGUGGUCAAAGCCUUGGGCGGGCAGCCAAAACCCGAUUACCCAAUCGCUACCAACGAGACGCUCACCUCGUACGACGCCUUUUUGUUUGGUAUUCCAACCAGAUUUGGGAACUUCCCAGCGCAAUGGAAGGCAUUUUGGGAUGCCACCGGUGGUCUAUGGUUCAGCGGUGCACUACACGGCAAAGUCGCCGGUGUUUUUGUCUCCACCGGCACUGGUGGUGGUAACGAGACCACUGCAGUCAACUCGUUGUCUGUCUUGGCACACCACGGUAUCAUCUUCGUUCCGCUUGGAUACAAGAACGCCGUUGCAGACCUAGGCAACCUCCAGGAGGUUCAUGGUGGUUCUGCGUGGGGUGCCGGCACCAUCGGAGGUCCAGAUGGCUCUCGUGUGCCCUCUGAGCUGGAAUUGAGAGUCAACGAGACCCAGGGACGUACGUUUUACGAGACCGUCAAGAAGUUCAUUUCGUAG